AUGUUACUCUCUCUCUGUGUUGUUGAGUGCUGUGUACCCACUGCCUUGUGUGUGUUAAAUGUGCGUUUACUUUUUUCUUCACCCUCUUAUUCGCUUCCUCUUUGGUACUAUAGAUCCAAGCAACUCACAGUGACAUUCAUGACAACGAUGUUCGUCCAACUGCGUGGUGUGAUGUAUUUGAUGGUACUUCUGCAGUGCUGUGUGUGCGUAACCCAAGUUCUUGCUGAUCGUGACGAUUUUUUGGAAGCAGAGAAGGCGGUACAAAAGUCAGUAAACCACACGGAACAAUUCGUUCCUGGGGUGGAGGCGUGCUUGCAUUUGUGGGUGACCGAACUGCCGAAGUGUUUGCAGAAGUGCGAGGAAGUCAAAAAGAUUGCGCCGAAAGUCAGGUCUAUUGUCGAGCGAAUCGAGAAGGACCCCAGUGCCCGGGUGGGGGAGGAUGUCGGGGCGAAAAAAGAAAAAAUUAUCCAACAAGAUGUAAGUGGACCGAUCGUUGAGUUGGUGGAACAGGCCAAGAAAUUGGUACCUGAGGCCGGUAAUGCCGCCCGCGGUUGUAGUGGACCAGUUAAUAAGACGAAGGUAAGGGGGAGAAUGUGUGCGGUAUACGCGGACAACCUGGCACCCCACGUGAUGAGGUUCCCGCAAAGUCUACAAUACUACGAGAACGAGAUGUCGUAUGCUGACGAUGUGGAGAAGGCCAGGGAAUAUCUCCAUUCCAGUUACGAGUUGUACUACAUGGCGUCCAACCUCACGCAUAAUGUCAGCAAUCAGGCCGGAGACAUUCGUCGAUGCGGAACGUUCAGAGACCACGAUUGGAGGGAUGUGAGGGACGGGGUGCAAAAACUGGUUAGGUUGCUCACGCACCAUGGGGGGGCGAGGCUCGGGGAGGAAGAAGAAGCCAAGUGGGUUGAAGUGUCUGGUCCCAGGGAUGAGGAAAAUAAAACACAGGUGGAGCAGGACAUGAAGGAUCAAGCCAAGUUUGGAGCGAGAAAGGUGGUCGUGAAGAAUGAGGACGAAAGUGGUAUUGGGGAGGGUGGUGUUAGGCACUACGGAGGUGGCGGAGGCUCACCUGCCAAUUUAAUUCGUCCCAGAGAAAUCCAGGGGGAUAUUAAAGAAUUUAAGGGGGAUUUGGAGAGAGCAGUGAAGGAGGUGGCCUUGGAGAAAAAGUUGGCUGCAGAAAGGGAUAAGAAAGAAAGAGAAGAACAGGAGAGUGCGCGAAGGGCCAGGGAAGAAGAAGAACGAGCGAGGAAGGUCAGGGAAGUAGAGGAGAAAAAAGCCAGGGAAGAAAAGGAGAAGAAAGCCAGGGAGGAGCAAGAGAGGGAGGCCAAAGAAAGGGAGCAGAGAGCCCGUGAGGAGGAGAAGAGAAGAGCAGCAGAAAAGCCCAGGAGAGAAGAAGUGAAGAGGGUGGUUGAGAAGAAGGCCAAAAACGCCAAGAAAAAGGGGGACGGCAGCCACAGCCCUGCAUUGGUGCACAGUCCUUUACUGUUGCUUCUGUUGUCUGUGCUGGGUUGCACUCUCGUUUGUUAA